GCUGACACACGUAGCAAAGAGCUCCUUUGUCAUGGAUAGGUUCCCCACUCAUCUAUGUGAUCUGAUGUGUUUCCGGGGAUUGGCGCGUUGUCAUGGAUACCUAGAUAGCAUUGUCCAACCUUUUGUUAUAUUUGGAACAGAACAGGUUACAUUCAACCACUGGAGCGAAUAUCAAAGAGGGAAGCUGUUAUGGAAGAGCAGCGGGAUCAGAGGGAAGAUGACAGCGUUACUCUGUCACCGAGCCUGCCCUCUCCACCUCUGCAGGCUGCGCACCACGCGCACAGAACCACGAACUUUUUCAUUGACAACAUUCUCAGACCGGACUUCGGCUGCAAAAGGGAGCAGCGUCCAGGUGCACGGUCUUUUGUUGCCCGACCAACUGUCCCCAGCACUCCUUGUCCGGAUUCCAACUGCAGCACCGACAGUGUUUCAUCUUCAGCCUCGUCCACCGUUUCGUCUCCAGCCAGCAGAAGGUAUUCCAAAGUAGACGAGGCCGAAAGAGGGAACGCAGCAAACUGUGGGGUUGUCUCAGCGUCACCCGUUGCUUUGAAUAGCCCAGGUGAAACCUCCUCGCCCCGUAAGGACAAACAAGCGCUUCUGUGGCCCGCCUGGGUUUACUGCACGAGAUACUCUGAUCGACCUUCAUCUGGCCCAAGGACCCGGAAAUUGAAAAAGAAGAAAAACGACAGUGAGGAUAAACGACCCAGAACGGCGUUCACAGCUGAGCAGCUCCAAAGACUGAAGGCUGAGUUCCAGGCGAGCCGCUAUAUCACGGAGCAGCGGCGGCAGGCCCUGGCGCACGAACUCAAGCUGAACGAGUCGCAGAUUAAAAUCUGGUUCCAGAACAAACGGGCUAAAAUCAAGAAAGCCACCGGAUUCAAGAACGGCCUGGCAGUGCAGCUAAUGGCGCAGGGACUGUACAACCAUUCCACCACCACCACCACCCUUCAAGAAGACGACGGCAACUAUAGCAAAGACAGAGAGAGAGAGAACCCGCAGAGUAAAAUAAAAAGGUCGGAAGACUGAAGGGAAGCAGGAAAAACUCAAAUACUUGACCAGGAAUAUUAUAAAGGAAUAUUACCAUGUAGGUUACUUUAUCAACUUGUUUUGGAAAAGCGGUGAUUUUUUUUUUUUUUUUACAAUACAAAUAUGUGGACUUAAUAAAUAUGCAGCCCUCAUUUUUAUUUUGGGGAUGCUAUUAAAGUCUAAUGGAUCGCGCUAUAGUUUGCUUGAAAUCGUUACAUGCCACUACCAGUAAAAAGACACUUUACAUUUUAUCUAAAUUGUUGUUUUUAUACUGUUAAAAGCAAUAUUUCUUCGUGCCAAAGAUGUAUUCGAUUAAAGUAU